CUAUUCCCAGCCGUUCAUUGGCCCGUUUCCUAUUAUAUAUCGGAUCGCCCAACGGCCGGUACUCUGGUCUCUUCUCCUUAUCUCGCUCGCAGUCCCCAUUCUCCUGGCCAUUUCGUCGAACAGAUAAGGCGCUCGGGAUCGCCUCUCUAUCAGAUAUGUUGCGAUCGGUGGCGGCUCGUCGUCUACUCGCCCACCUCGUUUCCCCUGGCCGCUCCGCCGCGGCUCCGGCCUUUCGCCGCCUCUCAACCCCGGCCUCUCCCCAGCCGAAUCAGCCUCAUACCUCCUCCGAACAGCCGCAAGGAGAACCCCCAAAUCCAACACCAGGGGCGUCGGCGUCGUCGAGAGCCACGGGAGAGGAUGGCGGGACCCACCCGCGGAGGGCCGGCCCUGGACCACGAGCAAGAGGGGACUAUGAGGAGGAGCAGGCCCGGGUUCUCCGCGCGGCCCUUCCUCAUGUCGUGAGGUUUGGAUGGAGCGAAUCCGCGAUGAUUGCUGGCGCAAGGGAUGUGGGCAUCUCCCCUUCCAUUGUCGGUUCUUUUCCUCGUAAAGAGGCGGCUCUUGUUGAGUUUUUCAUGGAUGACUGCCUUCAGAGACUUAUCGAUAGAAUUGAUUCUGGAGAGGAGUUGAAGAAUUCAAUACUUAGUGACCGCCUUUCAAAGCUUAUCCGCAUCCGGUUGGAGAUGCAAGCACCUUAUAUAUCAAAAUGGCCUCAAGCACUGAGCAUCCAGGCACAACCCAUGAACCUCCCGACAAGUUUUAAGCAGCGGGCAUUACUGGUUGAUGAGAUUUGGCAUGCUGUUGGGCACACGGGCUCUGAUAUUGACUGGUAUGUGAAGCGAACAGUACUUGGAGGUAUAUACUCGACAUCUGAGGUGUAUAUGGUGACUGAUCAUUCCCCAGAUUUUCGUGAUACAUGGAAGUUCUUGGACCAUCGGAUUAAAGAUGCUUUUGAUCUUCAGAAGACUGUGCAGGAGGCUGCUUAUUUAGCUGAGGCAGUUGCAGCGGGCAUGGGAAACUCGGUGCAGGGAGUCGUGAGGAGGGUGUUUCAGGGUUGAAAGGUCCCAAAGCAUGUAUUGUAAAUCUCCAUGAGGAAUGCUUUUGGUGUUUCAUUGCUCAGUCUGUCUUCUUUAUCAAGAUGUUGAUAUAACUCAGCUUUUGGUAAAUAAAGAAUUUUCGACUUCUGAGAU